AUGUCUGGAAGAUUCAAAAAAUUUGAAGAACUUAGUUCGAGACAGAAAAGAAGGCGGUUAAAUAACAUUCUCGAAAAUAUAAUACAUAUCGAAGAAGAUUCUGAUAGAUUAGAGUGGGACCCAGAAAAUAUUGUUAAUGAAAGUGGUGAUAAUGAUGGAAAUAGUUUUAGCGGUGAACGUGAAAAUGAAAAUAUUGAUGCCGAUACUGGUGAUAACGACAAUUUUAUUGGUAACCAUAAUAAAAGUGAUAAUGAUAUUAGUGAUGCUGAAAGUGAAAGCUCGCAUGAAGAUGACUUUGACGAGAAUUUAGAGAAUGUAGAAGAUCCUGCUGAAAUGGACAGUGAUUCAGAUGUGUUGGAGAACGAAGAAGAAGCUGAUUUAGUAUAUUUACAAAGGAAAGCAUUAAAAAAUGCGUAUUUAACUGCAAAUAUAAAUCUUAGUCAAGAAAAUAUAUUAUUAAAAACCUUGCGAGAGUUUCCUUUCAAUCAAAUAUCCUUACCAAAAGAUGCAAGAACUGUCGUUAACACGCCAACUAUAGUUACCAUCUAA